AUGCUUCUUUUAGCCCUACUAGUCAUUGUUGCUCAUUGGGCGAUUAUAGAGGUAAGUAAGUGGAUCAAGUUUGUACACAAACAUUUACCAUUGCUUGAUAAAGGCAGCUGAGCGAGAAUGUGGAAUUCCUAAGAAUCUUGUCACGUUACCCGACUUUGCCCAGGAAGAAAUCAGAGAAAUAUGGUAUCUUCACUUUUCAUUUUAAACUUUUUCUGGUUUUAUUGAAUAAUUACAGGAGAAACCACAUCCCGGGCACCCCAUGUCUAAAAGAAGUGGAAAUUGAGAGUGAUAUCCUGGACGUCAUUAAAAGUUUUGAAUCUGGUAUGUUAUCCUUUGUUUUGUGUCAAACUAAAUUUGGUUCCUUAAGAUUCUGCCCCAACAAACAGUGACAGAGCAUCCGAGCCCACAACAACUACUGUCCCUCCAAGUUCUUCAGAUCUCGAUUAUGAUCAUAUUGGGGUAAGUAAAACAGUUCUUUCAUUAUACAUCAGACAAAUAUAAUAUUCAGACAAAUGGUGGAACACCAAUACCACUCUUAUCUGUGCCAAAGUUUUCGGAUUCAGAACGGAAUCAGCGGAGUAAAACCAGAUCAGAGGAAGACAAUGAUUAUAUAGAUCAGGUAGGCCACUUUUCGAACUACAUUUCAAACAUUUGCUUGAAACAGACAACAUUCGAUGACGUAGCAAUGAUGCAGUUCGAUAAUACUAAUGCGCCAUUUCUAAGAACUGCAAGUGGAUAUGUGAAGGAUGAGUUUCGAAAAAUAUGGGAGGAUCAAAACAUUCCGAGUGAGAGCUUACGUUCUUUGAAGGUUUACGUGGUUUAUUCGUAUGAUGUCUUAAGAACAAAUAAUGUGUUUUAGAUUCAAACUCUCGCAGUGUCUCUUCUCACAUCAAAACAACUCACGGAAUACAAUCGCUGGGCUACAAAACGGCGGCGUGUUUUGAAGGUUUGCAAGAAAUGCGUGGCUGAAAUGUUGUUCUAAAAUGUUUAUGUAAUCUUAGGCUCGAGAGCAAGAGAUGAGGAAUUUGAGUCCUGAUGCAAAACAAGCGCUGAGGAAACUCAGUGUUCAGAAAGGUAUGUUUCAACUUGAAUUUCUUCUGCGACCCUUUGUAAUUACUUUACAAGUCAACAUUUUCCCAUUUUUACCGUUUCUCUACUUCAACACUAUUCCUCUUUUAGAUGACGUCAGUCAGCUAGUGGUGCCUUUAGAAGUGAAAAAGGAACUAACGAUUUUUGUGCAACGGUUGAACAGAAGGCGCAACUUGAAAUUGGUCCACUAA